GCUCGUCCUGGAACCGAGGUCGGCGGAGCUGACGACAGCGGAGGCGGCGGAAGCAAGCUCUGGGUAGCCCAGGCGGACGUGAAGGACUGUUUCCACUGCGUUCGCAACCUUCCAGAGCUGUGCCCGUAUUUUUGCAUGCCGCCGAUCACGGAGGGAGAGAGGGCCGACGCUGGUAUUGAUGGCCCUAGUGGCCUUGGGGAUCUGGCACGUGAAGUAUCGGUUUACCCUAUGCUGUUGACUCUUCCAAUGGGGUUCUCCUGGGCCUUCUAUUGCGUCCAGCGCCUCGUGGAACACCAGUGCAGAGUUUCCUUGGCUGGGGCUGGCUUGGCUUUCAAGUUCCUGAGAGACCAGGCCCCUGCUCCGGAUCUUGGGACCCAGCUGGCCGUUCUACCCUAUUGCGACAACAUCAAUGUGGCAGGCAUCAGGAGGGAGGAGGUGAAGGAGGCUAAGGAUGUGAUUGUUCGGAGGCUUCGUUUCGUGCAGUUCACUGUCCAUGAGGAGACCGAGCCCGAGACCCUGUCGUACUCGCUGGGUCGCGUUAUCGAUGGGGAGUCUUGGGUGGUUCGUAAUCGGUCUGAACGAGGGGAACGUCUUCGCAAGGUUUGUGAGGCUCUUGAGGGGGGUCAACCAGUGACGGGUAGGCAGAUGAAGCAGUACCUUGGCCACGUGGUCGAUUUCUUUCUGAUUAGACGGGAGGUCCUCUCGGUGCUCAGAGCCUGCUACGAUUUUGCGCAGGCGGCAGAGAAGAAGCCCCAGAGUGGGGACCCUCUUCACGAUGUGGACACGGUCUUACCAGUAACCCGACAGGCCCUAGGGGAGGCUCCUGAGGACCUGGAGGUCAACCCAGGGUUCGACGAGAUCCCAGAGGCCUUCAUGGACCCCGACAAGUGGCACGAGGGCAAGAAGACAGCUCUGGCGCGUCACGGGGAGGGCGUGACCUCACGGCUCCAGCGGCACCACCGGGGUUCCACCCCAGCGAGGUCUGCGGGCUCGACGCCGCUGCGCCUCCAACGCCAGGGAGCUGUGGAGCGCAUCUCGGGUCCCUCGAGAGACAUCCGUCGAGAGAGGCGCCAGAACAUCUUCGGGGCUUUCGAGCGUCUUGCCCUGUCGGGCCAGCAUUCCAUUCUCGAACGUCACUCGAUUACGGCACCCACGGAGGGCCUGUACACAGCCUGGUGGGAGGAGCUCCAGGAUUUUGUGGCCAUGAACGGCUACACCUUGGACAGCGUGAGGAAUGCCGACAUUGCGCUGGUGGACUUCGCGGACUACUUGUUUCUCGAAGGGUUCGAGCGGCCCGACCUCAUGAAGAUGUACGCCGCGGCCGCCUGGCACCUGGCCAGCCUGUCCCCCAUCGGGAAGCUGCGUUUUCCGCGGUUCUCCCGUGCCGCUCGGGGGCUGGGCCUGCUGGCCCCAGCGCAGACCGUGCCGCCCGUCCCGUUCGAGCUGGUGUGCUGGGUCGCCUGGCACAUAUACCUCCGCCUCCAGGACUGGACCAUCCCGCUCUGCCUGCUGACCAUGUUCGUCUGCUACUUCAGGCCCGUGGACGUCCACAGCCUGAGGGAGGAGGACCUGGUACCGCCAGGAGGCUCGAGCACUCACUGGGUGCUCAACGUGCACCCGGCCCGCCGCGGGGAGACGUCAAAGGUGGGGGUGUCCGACGAGGCGCUGCUCCUCGACUCUCCGUACCUCCCAGGUCUGGGCCCCGCGCUGCAUCGGCGACUUCGAGGCCAUCGGCUGGCCAAGUUGUUCGAGGUCAGCGAGAGGGAGCUCAGCACACAGUGGGGCCGCUCGCAGGAGCAGCUCGGGUUGCUUCCCUCCCAGCGGUAUCGCCUGUACCAGAUCCGCCACGCGGGGCCGUCCCACGACAUCCUCAUGGGGGUCCGCACGCUCCUCGACGUCAAGCGCCGAGGGAGGUGGAGCUCGGACGCGACCGUCAAGCGGUACGAGGCGGCGGGGCUGGUGCAGCAGGAGUGGGCCAAGCUGUCGACGGCGCAACAGGCCGCCGCGUCUCGCGCGGCCGAGUGGAUGCA